CAGUUGCCACUUCAUAGCUGUCUGCCAUGAAAUAAUCACAGUCAAACAGCAGACUACUUGCGCGGUGAAACUUCCGGAUUUUCGACAACCAAAUGGGAAGAUAACUGUAAUCUGAGGCCUACGACGGACUUCGACUGAAAUUAGAACGUGAAAAAACAGGUUCAUUAAAGGCAAUCGAUCCUGCGAAACUAUGUCGUCUUGUUAUACUUAGUUGUAACCAAAUCUUAACAUAUUGAAGGGGAAAUAACUCUACAUAUAUUUUCUGAUCGUUCGAUUGGAAUUUGAUUGUAGCCAGACCAUCCAGCUGCCAUGGCUGUCGAUAUAUCUUCCCUCACGUCUGUACACUGUUACUGUGCGUGCGUCUCUGUGAUAUAAUUUAUUAUUAUGCAGUUCCAUAGAAGUCGUCCGAGAAAUGCGUCUUCUGCCUAAUCUGGAGUUAUCUGCUCUUGAAACUUCACGCGAUCGUAGACUGUCUCACUGUAGUAUCUGAUUCUCUAUUGUUUAUGUCAUAGGUGAUAAAAGCCUACAGGGAAACAGUGUACAAAACAUGAACGAAUGACUUUUCCUGACAAGUUUGUGAUAAGUUUUCAUGUUUAUUCAAAAUGGGUACUCCGAUCAAGGAUGUGACGAUAUCGGACAGUGCACCGAAAACACUCCUUCUACAGAAGCAUGCUGACUACAUCGCUGCUUACGGCAACAAGAAAGAUGACUAUGAAUACAUAAUGACUGAGUAUUUGCGGAUGAAUGGUAUUUACUGGGGCUUAACAGCGAUUGCGCUGAUGGGCGAGCUGGAUCGGAUGAAGCGCAGUGAAGUUCUUGACUUCAUCAAACAGUGUCAGCAUGAGUGCGGGGGUGUCGGCUCCAGUGUCGGACAUGACCCUCACCUGUUGUGUACGUUGAGUGCGGUACAGAUAUUAACCUUGUUUGACGCGGUGGACACAAUCAACACUGACAAGGUUGUGGAGUAUGUGAAGGGCUUACAACAGGAUGACGGUAGUUUCACCGGAGACAAGUGGGGUGAAGUGGAUACACGGUUCACCUUUUGUGCUGUUGCCUGCCUGUCAUUGCUGGGCAAGCUUCAAAGUAUUGAUGUUGACAAAGCAGUUGAUUUUGUUCUGUCAUGUAUGAACUUUGAUGGAGGUUUCGGCUGUCGACCCGGCAGUGAAACCCACGCAGCUCAGGUGUACUGCUGCGUAGGCACGUUGGCGAUCACUGGCCGACUCCACCAGGUGAACGCUGAUCUGCUCGGCUGGUGGUUGUGUGAGAGACAGCUUCCUUCAGGUGGUCUUAACGGACGACCAGAGAAACUGCCAGAUGUGUGCUAUUCUUGGUGGGUUCUAGCUUCUCUUAAAAUCAUUGGACGACUGAACUGGAUUGACAAGGACAAGUUGGUGCGUUACAUACUGGCGUGUCAGGAUGAAGAGACAGGAGGGAUUGCAGAUCGGCCAGGAGAUGUGGUUGAUCCGUUCCACACACUGUUUGGUGUGGCAGGUCUCUCGUUGCUAGGUAACGAAACUAUCAAGCCAGUGAACCCUGUUUUCUGUAUGCCUGAAGAAACUAUUAGACGGGUUGGAAUACGACUGGAACUGUUAUGACACACUGAGCUGCAGACAUGCAAAAUUCGACAUUAACAUUAUGUUAACGUGUAGGAAUACGACUGGAACUGUUGUCACACACUGAGCACAGACACGGGUAAUUCGACAUUAACCUGCUCAGAUUAUGUUAAUGUGUUCAAUGUCAGACAUUGAAAUCGAUUCCGUUGACACAUUACAAGACACUGAGGUACCAUUGGACAUUAUUUUGUACAAUGUCAGGCCAAGUUUUGACACUAAUGUGUUCAUUGUCGGACACUGAAAUAGAUUGUGUAUAAAAGACACCGAGUUGUA